AUGAAAUGUUUUCCGACUUUACGAGCAGUGGCACUGCUUUUCUUGGCCUUAUUGUGCGUAAUUGGGAUAUUUACAUUCAAUUAUUUGUUCAUUAAUCUAAUUUCCAAGAAACUUGCUAUUUUACCCGGUCAUAGACCAAGAUUUGCUGAAGUUGGGCCUUACGUUUAUCGAGAAGAUCGUCAACGCCUCAAUAUAAAUUUCUCCCAAGAGUCUCCACCUAAAACGGUAGCAUUUCGACACAGAAUUUUAUACUAUUUCCAACGUAACCUUUCUGUUGGUCCUGAUGAUGAGGGACUCGUAACAAGUCUUGAUCUGGUGACAGUAGGUAUGAUUGCAUUUCCAAGCAUAUAUAAGUAUGCUUCACUUCUUUACAAUUUUGGUGCAUUUGUGACGCGGUCACCUCGCGAAAUCAUCUGGGGUUAUGAAGACCCUAUUUUAGCUAUUUGCCAACAGUUUGGUAAAUGUGACACCAGUCGAGCUGGUUUGAUGGCCCAGAACAAUGGGACAAAAUUUUUUGAUCUUGUCAUCGAUACCGGUGCAUAUAACAUUUCGAACGUUGGAAAAGUGCUAAGGUACAACGGAUUAACAAAUUUGGACUACUGGCACACAGAAUAUGCCAAUAUGAUAAAUGGCACAGAUGGUAGUAUCUUUUACUCGGAUGCUGUUGGCUGGGCAACUGCGAAACACGACAGCAGUGUACACCUGCUUAGAUUUUCUUCUCCACGUGAACAGUCACUAAACGCAACGCUUAAUCCUUCGAACGCAGCAUUUUGUCCAAAGAAAAAGGCCGGUCCAACUUGCCCUCCAACUGGCUUGAUUCCUCUAUCGCCUUGUUCGAACCCCCAAGUUGCAGUCCCUAUAUUUGCAUCUCAACCACACUUUCUAGGAGCUGAUCCGUACAUUCGUGAAGCAAUGGAUGGAAUAAGGAAGCCCAAUGAGUCACUUGACUCGACCGUAUUGCUUAUUGAACCUAAUACUGGAUUUAUUUUGGAAGCCUACAAAAAGGUUCAGAUUAAUGUAUAUAUCGAAAAUAAUGGUGACUUGGGUGAAGUGUACGAAGACUUGAAAGGACCAUAUUUUUUCCCUGUUUCUUGGUUCACUGAGUUUGCAAUUGCUGACCCAAAAUCCCUGAAGAAGGUAUCCAAUUACAUUAUUAAACCAAAAAAAAUUAUACCCAUCGUCUUAUCGACUGUUGCCGCAUUAGCGCUGGUGUCAGCUGUAAUAGUGAUAGCACUUCUGCUCACCUGUUAUAAACAAAGUAAAAAUGAUAGUUCUUCUCUGCGUACUCAAGCUGGAUCUACUUUCAUGCCAACGAACACUGUGUUCCGUGAUAAAAAAAAUGAGAGUUCAUUCGAUCAGUGGACAACUAAACCUUCACCGGAACACAAUAGGCAUCAGGUUGUCGAAUCAAGGCCCUUGCUCAAACCUUGUGAUACGACUGGAAAGGCAGUUGCCUGA